AUAAAAUUAUUUAAUAUAUACAAAUUGUUUCCAUGUCCAAAUUCAACGGCACAAAAACAAUUUUUUAAUACCACCACCACUCCCACAAAACUGGUAGCUUUCCUCCUUAUCUGUUGGCAAAAACUAAAACCAUGUUCUCUCUCUCUCUCUAACUUCUCUCUCUAAAACAUACCCAUCCAAUCCAGCUCUAUAUAUAUCACAGCUGAUUCCCACUCAAUCUUCAACACAAACACAGACAAAUUAAAAAAAAAACACAAAUAACAUAUAAAUCUGAAGCAGUGAAAUUGAAGAAUGAGUAGUUCGAGGAGAGCGUGGUUAGUUGCAGCAAGCAUCGGAGUAGUUGAAGCGCUGAAGGAUCAAGGAUUCUGCAGAUGGAAUUAUGCGGCGAGGGUUAUUCAACAACGUACGAAGAACAACCUCAAAUCUUACACAAAUCAGGUUCAAAAAAUAUCUUCUGCUUCUUCUUCUUCAAUGGUUUCGAUGAAGAUGAAGGAGCACAGAUUGAAGGAAUCUGAGGAGUCGCUUAGAAAAGUUAUGUAUUUGAGCUGUUGGGGUCCCAAUUGAAAUUCAGUUUUAAUUUAAUUUCCCCCAAACUUUUACGGGUUUAUUGCAAUUAGUACCCCUGUGUAAUAUCCAAUUGCUAAAAAACUACAUAAUGUUGUUUGAGUAAAAAGCAGUUUGCCCCCUAAA